AUGCCUGCAACGAAACUUUCAGUAAUUACUGGACCGCGCAUUCUAACUUUUCUUUCUACCGAAGCCUCGCCGGGAACACUUGAAAUAGACCAAUCCGGAAAAAUAACAGCAAUUCACGCUAGAGAAAGUGUACAUGCGUCCGAUUAUCCAUCGCUUGCCCCUGAAAAAUUCUUAAAAGUCGGUAGCGAACAAGUGGUGCAAUGUGGCUUAGUGGACACUCACGUUCAUCUGAAUGAACCAGGAAGGACGGCAUGGGAGGGCUUUGAGAGUGGGACGAAGGCAGCUUGUGCUGGUGGUGUGACCACCGUUAUAGAUAUGCCAUUGAAUUCUAUACCACCCACCACGACCGUUCCAAAUUUACACGCGAAAAUAGAAGCAGCUCGUGACAAGUGUCGGGUUGAUGUUGGUUUCUUUGGAGGAGACGAAUUAGUGCCAUUGAUCAAAGCAGGUGUUAAAGGGUUCAAAUGUUUUAUGAUUGAGAGUGGAGUUGAGGAAUUUCCUGCGUGUCUUACAGAGGAGGAUUUGCGUAAGGCUUUUGAGAAGCUUAAAGGCCAUGAUUCGUUAUUUAUGUUUCAUGCAGAAAAAAAAGAGAAUGAUGAAAGUAAUAAUUCUGUUAUAGAAGAUGAUAAAGAUUACAUGCAAUUUCUAUCUUCACGACCUCAAUCACUCGAGUCCAACGCCAUAAAGCUAAUCUCGCGACUAACAUCCGAAUACCAAACCGUCCGUACACAUAUUGUACACUUGUCGGCUGCAGACGCGUUACCAACUAUACGCGAGGCAAAAAGAUCCGGUGCCCCAUUGACUGUGGAAACGUGUUUUCAUUAUUUGUGUUUGACGGCUGAGCAGGUUCCUAUUGGUGCUACUCAGUUCAAGUGUUGUCCUCCGAUAAGAAAAAAUGCGAAUAGAGAGUUGCUUUGGGCGGCUAUAAGAGAUGGUACCAUAGGUUCUGUGGUAUCGGAUCAUUCCCCAUGUACCGUUGAUUUAAAAUUAAUUGAAAAAGGCGAUUUUACGAACGCGUGGGGUGGCAUUUCCGCGUUACAGUUUGGGUUACCCAUAUUAUGGACUGAAGCUCGAAAACGAGGGUUCAACAUAAAUGACCUUCACAAAUGGCUAUCACGAAAUCCAGCCAAACAAGUAAAACUAGAUGGCAGAAAAGGCGAAAUAAAAGUCGGAUUUGACGCUGAUAUUGUCAUUUGGAGUCCAGAAGAAACAUUCACUAUCGCCAAGGAAAACAUCCAAUUUAAGAAUAAAACCACACCCUAUGAAGGUCAAAAACUCUACGGGGUAGUAAAGAAAACUAUUUUAAGAGGUCAAGUUGUAUUUGACUCCGAAAAAGGUGGAAUCGUUGGAAGUCCCGCGGGCAAAUUGUUAAUUUAA